GUGAUCCAGUCGGUGCGGUACUGUGAUCUUUUGUUGAGUGACACAAAAUGGGUUCCUCGUCGAAGAAACACAAAUCUGAUCGAGAACAUCGACAUAAGCACCGGCGUAGGUCUUCGUCACGGUCACGGAACAAGGACCAUCAGAGCAAGAAAAGGCGGGACAAAAAUGAAAGUAAGAAUUCUUCUCAUAAACACGAUGUUGGUAGUUCUGAGCGGAAGGAAACCCCGUUCAGUUCUGGUUCCUCCGGGGGCCCUGCUUCUGCCACUGGUAACAACAACAAUAAUACCAGUGGUAGCAACAGUAAUAUCAGUUCUUUGAGUAUCGAUGAGGCGAAUAAAUUAAGGAUCAAACUCGGGAUGAAGCCCUUAGAUGUUGGUGGUUCCGGUUCUGGGGCCGCCAGUGCUGGUGGAGAGGCCAGUGGGUCUACAGAUGCGACCCCGAAGAAACCCGAAGACGUCCAUGUGCCCGCGGUGAACUUGGGGGAAAUGAAGCGGACGAAUAAGAUCCGGGAGAAAAUGGAACUCCAACGGGAAAAGAGGAAGAUUUAUGACAAGUUUAACAAGAUUAAAACGUUGGGGGACGGCGAGGAUGGAGAUGACGAUGUGAAGAAGUGGAUCGCGAAGAGUCGAAAGAUGGAACACGAUCGCGAAAUGGCAGAGAAAACAGCGAAGAUGUUGGAUCAAAUGGACGAAGACUUUGGAAUCGGUAGUUUAAUGGAAGAAGAAUUUAAUAAAGAUAAGAAUAAGAAGAAGAAUUAUUCGUCUAAAGAUCUGAAAGGCUUCAAAGUUGAACAUAAUUUGGACAGUUUUAAAGAAGGUAGUACCGUUAUUUUGACUCUCAAAGACAACCAAGUGUUAACAGAGGAACAGGAUGUUCUUGUUAAUCCCAGAUUACAUGAAGAUGAAGUUGCUAUAAAAAAUAACGAGGUUAAAAAGAAGAAACCUGAAUAUACUCCAUAUGAUGAUGAAGAAUUUACAGAUGAUUUCCAACCCAGAAAGGAAGCGAUGUUGAGUAAAUAUGAUGAGGAAAUUUAUGGUAAGAAAAUUACAUCUUUUGAACUUGGAUCCGGUGGUAAAUAUGUUCCGUCGGCUGAGCGAGAUCUUGAAAGAAUUCGUAAGGAAUUAAAACAACAGAGCCAAAGCCUUGUGCAGUUGUCAACCCUCGCCAGGGAAUAUUACACUAACGAGGAAGUAGAAUCGGCGAAAUUUAACAAGGUGAAAAAGGUGAAGAGGAAAAUCCGCAAGAAAACAUUGAAACCAGACGAUUUAUUGAACAUGUCUGGCGAGGUUGGCGAUGCCAGGAAUGGUAACGACCUUGGAAACCGGAAAAUGAAAGUAAAAACUGAGAACCCUUCGGAAGAUGCUAAAGAGUCGGUUUCUCCAAGAGUAGAGGUGGAGGAUAUGGACGUAGAUCAACAACAGCCGGAAGAAACGACCAUCCUGGGACACGAUGACAGCGACAUCUAUAACAGUCAUGUCGUAGAUGAAGACGAUGCAAUGAAUGAACUUUACUCCACUUUAGAUAAAGUGCGAAAGUUAAAACAACGGAGGGAACGUGCCGUUCCUGAUGAAAUUGCCAAAACAUUGCACCACACUCAGUCGUUGGGUUCCAAUGCGUUCGAUGCUGACAUGAAAAAAAGUGACAUUAUUUUAAAUGCUACGUCGGAAUUUUGUCGUGCUUUAGGUGACAUUCCAACUUAUGGUUUAGCUGGCAAUCGCGAUGAAGAACGCGACGCCUUCUUGGAUUUAGAAUUAGAAUUGAUGGAGCGUAAGAAAAAAAUCCAAGACGAAGAGGAUUUGUCGAGUCAGUGGAACGAGGUGGAUAUUGAUACUAAACCUGUUAAUAUUGUGAAAGAGGAAAACGCAGUUUUGGAUGAAGAACCAGCUAUAAAUAUGGGGCUUGCAGCAGCUUUACAAGUGGCGCAGAAAAAGGGCUACCUGGAGAACCAGGGCAAGCGAAUGCCCAGUGGUCCCAAACACAGUGGCCUCGAAGCUAUUCAUUAUUCCAUCGAGGACAAGCGUUACGACGACCUCGACGAGAAGUACCGCAAGAGGGACCGUUACACGGGGAUGUUGGUAGACUUCAAAGAGAAAGAAGGGUACAAGCCGGACGUUCGGUUAGAAUACGCCGACGAUUCCGGACGAUUGCUAAACGAGAAAGAAGCGUUUCGUCAGCUCUCUCAUCGCUUCCACGGCAAGGGGCCUGGCAAGAAAAAGACAGAGAAACGCAUGAAGAAAUUAGAAGAAGAACAAUUGAUGAAACAGAUGAGUUCCACAGACACCCCCCUUAAUACUUUGACUCUUCUACAAGAAAAACAGAAACAAGAAAGAACUCCUUAUGUCAUUCUCAGUGGUAACAAAGGAAUGUCUGCUAAUACCAUUGUUAAAUAGACUUUUUAAAUGUAUUUUUUCUUUUCUUUUUUUUUUUGCAAUAAUUCCUCCUUUUCUUUGUUUUCAAACUAAAACAUAGAAAACCCU